CUGCAAGCGCAAAGCAAACUCCCAACAGCAACAAUGGCAGCCUCCGCCAUAUCAACCUCCUUUACUUUCUCUAACCUUCCUCGGCACAAAGAAUCUUCUAUCUCACUGUCUUCUCAACGAAGCUCGAAGGCGAAAUCAAUAGUUUGUGCGUUGCCGACUCCAUAUAGUGAUUUAUCUAAAAUCGGGUUAUCAAGUAGCACACAAGAAUUGCAGUUAACAACAGCAGAAAAGAACUCACAUGCUCCUCAUAAUUCAAGUUAUAAUCCAGUUUUAGCAAGAAGAGGGAAUCCACCUGUAAUGCCUGCUGUCAUCACUCCAGGAGGACCUUUGGAUCUUUCUACAGUAUUAUUCAGGAAUCGAAUUAUCUUUGUUGGCCAGCCAAUCAACUCACAGGUAGCUCAGCGAGUUAUAUCACAGCUUGUUACAUUGGCGACAAUAGAUGAGAACGCAGAUAUUCUGGUGUAUGUCAACUGUCCUGGUGGGAGCACUUACUCUGUGUUGGCAAUCUAUGAUUGCAUGUCUUGGAUAAAACCUAAAGUUGGUACGGUGUGUUUUGGAGUUGCCGCAAGUGAAGGAGCACUUCUUCUUGCUGGUGGAGAAAAGGGCAUGCGAUAUGCAAUGCCAAAUGCACGCAUUAUGAUACAUCAACCACAAAGUGGAUGUGGGGGUCAUGUUGAGGAUGUAAGGCGCCAGGUCAAUGAAGCUGUUCAGUCUCGCCAUAAAAUCGACAUGAUGUAUUCUGCCUUCACUGGCCAACCAUUGGAGAAAGUGCAACAAUACACGGAGAGGGACCGUUUCUUAUCUGUUGCUGAGGCACUGGAAUUUGGACUCAUAGAUGGGAUACUCGAAACAGAAUACUAGAUUGAUUGGAAACCGCCAUUACGCGUGCACACUUCAUGUGAUGAUUGUGUAGAUGAUUUGGCAAUUUGUCGCUUUGGUGAUUGUGUUCGACAUGCCUGCAAGCGGUAAGUUCUAAAUCUUCGACACCAAUGGGUAAAUAUUUAUCUACUCAAACGGUCACUAUAUUUUAUCUAGUCAGAUCUUUCUUGUUUUCGAUUCGAAUGUUAGGGACAUUCUUCGACAUAAAAUUUACCGACUACGACCAAAAAAUGUGGUUAUACGACCGACAAUUAUGGAGUAAUGUGGUUUGUUUGAUUGAAGAUUAUUCUCUGGUUCAGUCCC